GAAUUUGCAGCCUCGAACUCGUGCAGCUGCCCGCUCGCCAGCAUGCCUGCUGCAAAGGAGGCGAGCCGUCACACAAAAGCAAGAUGGAGGAUCUCACAGUCGAAGUAUGCGGCGAAAACGGAGCAUAUUAUAAGGCCUUUGUCACAGAUGUCUUUGAGGACGAGGUUUUAGUUACAUUUGAAAAUGAUUGGCAACCGGAAUCAAAAUUUCCAUUUGCUCAAGUACGUCUACCUCCAACAGAUGGUCAAAAACCAGAAUUUUCUGAAAAUAUGGAGAUUGAAGUAUUUUCUAGGUCCAAUGAGCAUGAAGCAUGUGGAUGGUGGAAAGCAAUCAUUAAGAUGAGUAAAGGAGGUUUUCAAGUAGUUGAAUAUUCGGGAUGGGAAUGUGCUUAUACUGAAAUUGUAGCUAGUGAACGACUGAGGGCAAAAAAUCCUAAUCCUCCUAUUGAUAAAAAUACAUUUCACAAGAUCGAAAUAGAAGUACCUGAAGAUCUAAGAGAAUUUGCCAAAAUGGAAAAUGCACAUAAGGAAUUUCAAAAAGCGAUAGGGGCGGCAGUGUGCCGAUAUGUGCCUGAACGAGGAGUAUUGCUGGCCAUCUCCCGUCAUGAAAAUUUACAUCGUCACAGUACCAUGCUCCAAGAAAUGCACUUUAGAAACUUAUCGCAAAAGGUAUUGCUUUUAAAAAGAACAGAAGAAGCAGCACGUCAACUUGAGUCAACUAAACUUCAAACAAUUGGGGGCAAAUUUAGAUCUUCAAACUUUAUAUAUCAGCGUGUCUCAGACUUUGAGGCAGGAGUGAAAACAAAUUCAAGAUACACAGAUGAGUUUAAUGUUCGAGAAGACUUGAUGGGCUUAGCAAUUGGUGCACAUGGGGCAAAUAUUCAGCAGGCAAGGAAGGUUGAUGGAAUUACAAAUAUAGAAUUAGAAGAAAAUUCAUGCACUUUUAAAAUAUAUGGAGAGACACAUGAAGCAGUUAAAAAAGCUCGCUCUUUACUUGAAUAUAGUGAAGAAUCUAUACAAGUACCACGUGUUUUGGUAGGCAAAGUAAUUGGAAAAAAUGGUCGCAUAAUACAAGAAAUUGUUGAUAAAAGUGGUGUGGUACGAGUUAAGAUAGAAGGUGAUAAUGAACCUCAACCAACAAUUCCGAGAGAAGAGGGUCAAGUCCCCUUUGUAUUUGUUGGUACUGUUGAAAGUAUUGCUAAUGCCAAAAUGUUAUUGGAAUAUCAUUUGGCGCAUUUGAAGGAAGUAGAACAAUUACGUCAAGAAAAAUUAGAAAUUGACCAACAAUUAAGAAAUAUGCAUGGAUCGACCACAGGACCAAUGCCCAACUUUCCUCCUACAAGACGAGGAAUGAUUACAGGCCCAGAAGAAGGUGGUGGAGGCCGUGGAGGUCGUGGUGGUCAAUCUCGCGGACGUGGUGGCAGGGGUAGGGCUCCCGCCAGACACAAUGCUGGAUUACGCCGAGACACCUUAGAUGGUAGUGAAGAUCGAGUAAGGGAUCUACCGCCAAGAGGUGGCCAUCAAGGAGGUGCAGGCAAUUCAGGGUAUAUGGGUGGUAGACAAGGUCGUCCUCCAACUCAACGUAGAGAUCGUAGAGAUGAACGUCGUCGAACAACCGAUGAUGAAGAUACUGUUCUCGAUAGUCAAGAUGUUUCAAGUAUUGAUAGAGAAUCUGUAUCAAGUGUGGAGGGAGGACCUAAAGGCAUAAGGCGAAGACGACUUCGACGUUCUCGACAACGUAGUUCUACACCAACAAAUAAUCAAAAAGGCAGCAAUGCCGGUCCAGGAGACCAAUCAACUGUAACUAGUAAAGAAGGAACACCAGCCAAUGACGUUUCUACUACUAACAACAGUUCCCAAGGGCCUAAAGGCCAAAGAGAAUUACGGUCUCGUCGUAUGCAACAGAGCAAUAAGCCUAAGGAAGCUCUGGUUAACGGUACCAGUGGCUAAACAAUCAUUAUGGUCGACAACUGCUACUUACAUAUAACAUUACACCUGAUGAGAGCUAUUAACACCCAGCACAUAACAUGACGCAUACCUACGCAAAGACUACACGAUUAUGGAUCGCGACAUGAUUAGUCUACGCUCGUUGUUAAGACUGUUUGCUACCGAUAAGAAUACGACUGUUGUUUAAGAAAUCGUCAUUCUCCUUAAACACAUUUAAGGACACAUAUUAAUAUCCAUGCAUGGUUUAGUUUAAUGAUAGUGAUUAUGCUAUCAUGUUUGAUAUAUGGAUACAUUCAUUGGGAGAUAGUAGAAGCAUCUAAAAAAGAAUCCCCUGAUUGUGAAACUGUGCCUCAUUUUUAUACCAAGCUCCCAACUUGUGUGACAGUAAUUUGGAUGUACUGUAAAGUACUUCUUAAUCACUUGAAAAAAAGAUCUAAUAAUAGGCUGGAUAUUUGUGGCUCGUAUGUCAAUUAUCAAUUUGAAUAAUUUUCGCCUAGAUGUGUCGCUAUUAUUAUGAAAAAAUAACACAAUACGUACAAAAACGCAGGAUUUAAUCAAUUUUAUUCUCUUUCUUUUUGUUUUUUAUCUUUUACAUCAUUGCAAUAAUUGUAAUAAAGACUUUUGACAUAUGAACAAAAGUACGUGUUUUGUGUUAUUUUAUAUUCAUAUAUAAAAACAAAAAAACAAUAAUUGAACAUACUGGGUAUAAAGCAUUUUGCGACAAAACUAGGACGAAACAUGAUAUGAUGAAAGAAAAAAUGGAUUCCCAUUGUUAAUUAUAACAAUGGUAGGUGGCAGCUGCAUGAAAUCUUGGUUAAAAGGUGUUCCCAAUGAUGUUCCUUCUAUUUACUUCACAAGAUUGAAUUUUUUUUUUUUUUUUUUUUUUUUUUUUUUUUUUUUUUUUUUUUUUUUUGUUACGAUUAUUACUAGAGUUAUUUAACAACACUAGAUUUUCAAUUUUAUGUUUCAAUACUGAGUGUUGAUUAAUAAUACCAUGAUGCUAAAAUGACUUAUUUGAUUGUAAAAAAAAACAAAUGGGUGUACAAGAAGUCGGUUUUUAUUUCCGGGUUCACUUUUCAUGUAAUUUAGUUUUUUUUAUUACAGUCUAAGCAUACUAUAUCAAAUAUUAGGAUUUGAUAUGACGUUCGUUUCUGCAUUGUUUCGCAUGAUUUAAAAAGAAAGUAAACGUAUACUUAGUAAUACCAAUGUAUGAUGUGCCAGAGAAGGAAUGAUACAUGUUUUAUGAUAUCUAGCUGAAGUGCAGACUUAGCGCAUACCUUUAUUACUAUAAUACUACUUAGUCGAAAUGUGAAUGUCUGAAAAAAUAAACUAGCUUUACUAUACUAAGCUAUAAAAUAGAUAUGGCUAACUGUUUUAAAUUGAUUAUCAGUGAAUAUGAAACAUUAUCUGUCAAUUUAAAACAGCUGCCUUUUCUUCCGGAUAUGACAACAAUUAAUCGGACAUGUCUUAAGGAUUUUGCAAAAACGCAUGGCGGUUAAUGCAACAUAUUGACAUCUAACAAAACAGCUGCCAUUUUAUCUGAAUAUUCUCAUGGCAGCAAAAAAAACUGAGACAUCCCCCAACUUGCUUGUUUCAGAUACAUUUGUAUUGAUUGCAAUUUGUGCAUAAUUUAAGAAUAAAACAUUUCUGUACAUAGAGCGGUCAUUAGUAUGAUGAACCACAAUUUUUUCGAAACAUUGAUAAUCGUUUUUUAAUCUUAA